AUGCCCAAGCUCUAUAACAGCGUCUACAGCGGGGAGUGUGGCGCCCUAUCGCCCCCUGAUCUCAUGGAGGCCCAGCCUAAGCUCCUGCCUAAGCCAAGGAGCAACAGCAGCGGCAGCACUGCACGCAAGUAUUGGAUAUUCUCAAUGAUAAUCGAGCGCAGCGCUGGUCCCAAGCGCAUAGAAAUCGAUGGCGAUGAUGUGGACACGCCGCUGGAGGCCAUCCUGCCGGCUGAACCGCCGGCUGAGGUCUGCUUUUUGCGUGACAGCCCCUUCAGGAUAUUGCGGUCGACGAUGACAUCGGGCGACAAGGAGACCCCGAAGAGAGAAGACUUCACCAGUGCACUGCGAUACUUGAUGGGCGGCUGUGCCCGCGGAGCCGAGAUGACUGCAAUGGCACCGCUUAACCUGCCCAAAAAGUGGGCACGCAUCCUGCGUAUGUCCUCGGCGCCAAAGAUACCAAUCGUUGACUAUCUCGAGGCGGCUGAGUCCGGAAACCUUGACGACUUCAAGCGCCUUUUCAUGGCGGACAACUCGCGGAUUGCUUUAAAGGACGGAAAAGGACGAACGGCUGCUCAUCAGGCUGCUGCCCGUAAUAGGGUUAACAUUUUGCGGUAUAUUCGCGACCAGAAUGGCGACUUUAAUGCGAAGGAUAAUGCUGGAAAUACGCCACUACACAUCGCAGUGGAAAGCGAUUCUUACGAAGCCCUAGACUAUCUUUUGUCUAUUCCAGUGGAUACGGGAGUGCUAAACGAGAAGAAGCAAGCGCCAGUGCACCUGGCCACCGAGCUGAACAAAGUGAAGUCCCUAAGGGUGAUGGGUCAGUACAGGAAUGUCAUCGAUAUCCAGCAGGGUGGGGAACAUGGCAGAACCGCUUUGCAUUUGGCUGCGAUUUACGAUCACGAGGAGUGCGCUCGCAUCCUGAUAACUGAGUUCGAUGCAUGCCCACGUAAGCCCUGUAACAAUGGUUAUUAUCCCAUACAUGAAGCAGCCAAGAAUGCCAGCUCCAAGACAAUGGAGGUCUUUUUCCAGUGGGGCGAGCAACGCGGUUGUACCCGCGAGGAGAUGAUAUCCUUCUACGACUCAGAGGGCAACGUGCCGCUCCAUUCGGCUGUCCAUGGUGGCGACAUCAAGGCUGUGGAGCUGUGCCUCAAGUCCGGAGCAAAGAUAUCAACGCAGCAACAUGAUCUUUCAACGCCAGUGCAUUUGGCCUGUGCCCAGGGAGCUAUUGACAUUGUCAAGCUUAUGUUUGAGAUGCAGCCGAUGGAAAAGAGACUCUGCCUGAGUUGUACGGAUGUGCAGAAGAUGACCCCACUGCACUGCGCCUCUAUGUUUGAUCAUCCGGAUAUUGUAUCUUAUCUGGUGGCUGAGGGGGCAGACAUUAAUGCCCUGGACAAGGAACACCGUUCGCCAUUGCUGUUGGCGGCCUCUCGUAGUGGCUGGAAAACUGUUCACCUCCUUAUACGCCUGGGUGCGUGUAUCAGUGUCAAGGAUGCUGCUGCCCGCAAUGUGCUGCACUUCGUCAUCAUGAACGGUGGACGGCUGACGGACUUUGCCGAGCAGGUGGCCAACUGCCAGACGCAUGCGCAGCUGAAGCUGCUGCUCAACGAGAAGGACAGCAUGGGCUGUUCGCCGCUGCACUACGCUAGUCGGGAUGGGCACAUCCGUUCGCUGGAGAAUCUCAUCCGACUGGGGGCUUGCAUCAACCUGAAGAACAACAACAACGAGAGUCCGUUGCACUUUGCCGCUCGUUAUGGGCGAUACAACACCGUACGCCAACUUUUGGACUCCGAGAAGGGCUCGUUCAUCAUUAACGAAAGUGAUGGGGCGGGCAUGACGCCGUUGCAUAUAUCCUCGCAGCAGGGACAUACAAGGGUAGUACAGCUGCUGCUAAAUCGAGGAGCUCUGCUUCAUCGGGACCAUACUGGACGUAAUCCUCUACAGCUGGCUGCUAUGUCUGGCUAUACUGAGACCAUCGAACUGCUGCAUUCGGUACACUCUCAUCUGCUUGACCAGGUGGACAAGGAUGGGAACACCGCUCUUCACCUGGCCACCAUGGAAAACAAACCUCAUGCGAUCUCCGUACUGAUGUCUAUGGGCUGCAAGCUGGUCUAUAAUGUCUUGGAUAUGAGCGCCAUUGACUACGCCAUCUACUACAAAUAUCCAGAAGCGGCCCUAGCCAUGGUGACCCAUGAGGAGAGGGCCAAUGAGGUCAUGGCUCUGCGAUCGGACAAGCAUCCCUGCGUCACCCUGGCCCUGAUUGCCUCCAUGCCUAAGGUUUUCGAGGCUGUACAGGACAAGUGCAUCACCAAGGCCAACUGUAAGAAGGAUUCAAAGAGUUUCUACAUCAAGUACUCUUUCGCAUUCUUGCAAUGCCCCUUUAUGUUCGCGAAGAUCGACGAGAAAACCGGAGAGUCGAUAACGACCGCAAGUCCCAUUCCAUUGCCGGCUUUGAAUACCAUGGUUACUCAUGGCCGGGUGGAGCUGUUGGCCCAUCCGCUUAGUCAGAAGUACCUGCAGAUGAAGUGGAACUCUUAUGGCAAGUACUUUCACCUGGCCAACCUGCUGAUCUACUCGAUAUUCCUGGUAUUUGUAACCAUCUACUCCUCGCUAAUGAUGAACAACAUUGAAUUGAAGGCUGGAGAUAACAAAACUAUGAGUCAGUACUGCAACAUGGGCUGGGAGCAACUGACCAUGAAUCUGACGCAGAAUCCUGCAGUGGCAUCCCAAAUUCGUUUAGAUUCAUGUCAGGAGCGCAUCAACCGGACCACUGCAAUUCUAUUCUGUGCGGUGGUCAUCGUGGUUUAUAUAUUGCUAAACUCCAUGAGGGAAUUAAUACAGAUUUACCAGCAAAAAUUACACUAUAUCCUGGAGACAGUAAACCUUAUAUCCUGGGUGAUGUACAUCUCCGCCUUGGUGAUGGUAGCACCGGCCUUUCAGCCAGAUGGAGCUAUCAACACUAUCCAUUAUUCGGCGGCCUCAAUUGCCGUGUUUCUAUCUUGGUUCCGGCUGCUUUUGUUCCUUCAAAGAUUCGAUCAGGUUGGCAUCUAUGUGGUCAUGUUCUUGGAGAUCCUGCAGACGCUUAUUAAGGUGCUGAUGGUAUUCUCCAUAUUGAUCAUUGCUUUUGGCCUGGCUUUUUAUAUACUACUAUCGAAGAUUAUUGACCCCCAACCAAACCACUUGUCCUUCUCCAACAUACCCAUGUCCUUGCUGCGAACCUUCUCGAUGAUGCUGGGCGAGCUGGACUUUGUAGGAACUUACGUUAACACCUACUAUAGAGAUCAGUUGAAGGUGCCCAUGACAUCCUUUUUGAUUUUGAGUGUCUUCAUGAUUCUCAUGCCCAUUCUCUUGAUGAACUUGCUCAUCGGUUUGGCCGUCGGCGAUAUUGAGUCAGUACGUCGUAAUGCCCAGCUUAAAAGGCUGGCCAUGCAAGUGGUGCUCCACACAGAGCUGGAGAGGAAGUUACCCCACGUCUGGCUGCAGCGGGUGGACAAAAUGGAGCUCAUCGAAUAUCCCAAUGAGACAAAGUGCAAGCUCGGCUUCUGCGAUUUCAUCCUUCGCAAGUGGUUCUCUAAUCCAUUUACUGAGGAUUCAUCCAUGGACGCCAUAUCCUUUGACAACAAUGAUGACUACAUCAAUGCGGAAUUGGAGCGGCAGAGGCGAAAGCUGCGCGACAUUAGUCGGAUGUUGGAGCAACAGCACCAGCUUGUGCGACUCAUAGUCCAGAAAAUGGAAAUCAAGACAGAGGCCGACGAUGUGGAUGAGGGUAUAUCUCCUAAUGAACUACGAUCCGUAGUCGGCCUGAGAUCAGCAGGCGGAAAUCGAUGGAAUUCACCACGGAUCCGGAAUAAACUACGAGCCGCCUUGAGUUUCAAUAAGAGCAUGUAGAACCUGCCGAUAGGCGAGACUCGGCUAUAUAACUAUAUAUGUGUAUUGUCCUCAGUAGAAAAAUUGCACGUAUUUAAACUUAUCUCUAUGUGUGUGUAAAAAAGGUAUCCCAUAGUGGAUCGUGUGUGUGCAUGUGAAGAUCGGAUUGUGUGAGGUCCUAAAAGGAAUUGUACAACGAAUUUAUAGGCAAGGAUCAUGGGCUGUUUUAGUAACUUGAACAAGCUGUGGCAUUCAACAGAUCUAUUGUAGUUUUUAAAUGCAAUUUGCAAAGUAUGCAUUGUUAUUUGG